AAAUCCAGUAAAGAUUUAAUUGCGUCGUGGAUUAUUAGAAGCAGAUUUUGAUUAGUUGAGCUCCAUGGAAUUGAAACUUAACCUCUUUAUUUUCAGCCUGUUUGUCUUUCGGUCUGUUCUGUCGAAAGUGAAUGGUGAGCCGAAAAUGAACACUCCGGAUAAACUGGAUAAACCCGACGCGAGCGACAUCACGUGGGCACAUGCUGUAAAUAGUAACAAAGCUCUGGAGGAGGAAUUGAUCGGUCCAGUCGAUUUCUUGGAAGCAGACAUAUCCAUGGGCUAUGACACAACCUAUCCCACAGCAGAUAUCCCUUCUCCUGUCCCAAUCAUGGCACACCCUCCAGAGAACACUUCCGACAUAUCCUUCGACACGUGGAUACAGAAAGUGGUUAAGAGCGGAGCCAAGAAGGGCAUCAAGCUAGACUUCAAAUCUGUAGAAACAGUGGAGCCUUCUUUGGUGAUACUUCAAAAGCGAGUUCAAAACCUUAACUUCUCUCUCUGGUUGAAUGCGGACAUUUUAUCUGGUCCUGUUGCUGCAACAACCAAGCCAGUUCAACCAGAACACUUCUUAUCCCUUUGCCAUCAAUACUUUCCAACAGCAGUUUUGUCGAUAGGUUGGACAACUUUUCUGAAUUCUGCAAUUUCUCAAACUAUCUGGGAAUAUCAGUGGAAGCACGUAAGACAAAUGGCUGACGUCAUUCGAUGCCAUGGAUACAUUAACCUUUCUCCAAAUUACACUUUCCCUGUUAGAGCUAUUUUCGCUUCAAGAUCAAUUAAACAGCUGCAAUGGUUACUGGGUGUUGUCCCAGGAAGUACUUUGACAGUCUGGAGUGGUGCAUCGGAUCCUUUAGAGAUAGAAGACCUGCUGCGAAUAAGGACUGCUUUUCCAAAGGAAAAAGUGUAUUAUGACGUACCAGAACCUAUCAAUGGCGAAUUUAAAAGAGUAAAAAAUGACGUCAUAAAUACUCCAGUUGCAUAUCCAAUCGCCAAAGAGGACCGCUGGAUGACAGUUACCAAAGGCCAAGGAGACCCAUGUGAAACUUUCACGUACAUUAGCAACGAUACUAUUGUGUUCGGAAAAUUCGUCAAGACAGCUGUGCUUCUAAAGAAAACGCUUUUAGUCGAUGACUAUCACAACUUGAAAGUUAAAGGAAGAAUUUCGUUCUUCAAAGAUAGCACGUCCUCCGAGUUUUCAAAAAUAGGCCAGGAACUAGUAAUCGUGUUGGCUGACGUUAGUUUAUUUUCGAAGAACUAUACCGCGGGCGGUGACAAACUAGAUCUUUCAGAAAGUGAUACUGACGUGAUAUGGUCCGCACUGAAUGCUUCCUUCUUGCAUACGUUUAAGCACAGAAUUCCAGAAGAACAGUCAGCCUGUCGAAUGUUCAGUCUGGAUACAACUGCUGAAAGAGGAUUUCAAGCGUGGACUGUUUCUUGCGAUGUGUUGCAAAAAGAUGUGCCGAUCGAUGAGGCUGUGAAACAUGGAGUUCCAGAAGUUUCGAACAGAAAGAGGCUAGUGUUGCCUACGGGCCCUUUUAUGCUAGGAUUUUUUUCGUCUGGGGAGGAAUACGUUGCGGUGUACGAUUUGAGCAUUGAGGGGGAAAAUGAAGGGAUUACUUCAGGAGCGUCAUUGCAAGUGCCAUCUUCCUUACUACUUUCCAUAUUAUUGUUCACAUUUUUGACUGUGAUGAAAAAUGUUUUUGUGUAACAUUUCUGUGCUUGAAUAAAUAAAUGUAUAUUUUUUAAAUUUA